CGAAAGCCUUUUUGUUCUUGGUAUUGUCGGGGAUCCACAUCUUCAAUGAAAUAAAAAAAGGCAAUUAAUUGUGGAGCUUCUCCAACUCAAUCCCAUGCCCGAGCUUUCCCGGGAAAACUGGCGUGAGGUUUUGCAAGUGGCAUGAUAGCUUGGCGACCUUGCUCUGCUACGGCCAACCAACUUGACAAUCACGCCGUGGCAGCAUUAAAGCUCACUCAAUUGAAUCUGCGUCGAACGAGAUUUGGACUUCUCACCUGCGGCGGGGGAAGUGGGCUUAUGUCCUCCAUGUCGCCAUUAACCUCGUGCCAUAUUUCUUGAUUGGGCUUCUUUCUUAAUUGUUUAUUGAUUUUUUUCUCUCUUUUUGUUGACCCUUGUCCUUCCGGGCGUGUACCAUUAUCUUUUUUUUUUAUCUGUAUAUCUCUGUACGUUGAGGGUUGUACAUAUUAUUUAAAAGGGCGCCCAUCAUGGCGUCCCCUUUUCGUCAAGCUGCCAGACUGCUCAGUCAGUCCAAGGCACACCCUCAACUUCACACCACCUCGUUUUCUUUUGUUGCGAAAACACCUAGGAUAUCCCAACGUGGUAUCACCACUGGCUUCAAGUCUUCUGGGGCUUCCGGUACAACUGCUACAUAUAUCCCCUGGGCUGCUGCAGGCCUUGUUGCUACGUCCCUGGGAGCAUACUGGUACAAGAUGACUGCAGAGGAGCCCAUACGGAUGGACCCUGCCUCGCUUGCUGAGCGUGACGCUCAGAUGAUGCGCGAGUCCGGCGUGACGGAGCAGUCCCCCAUGCGACUCCGGAUGGAGGAGUUCAUCAAGGAGCAGCAGCGUCUGAUUGUACAGGGCCUUGAGGAGGUCGACGGCAAAAAGUUCCGCAUCGACGAGUGGCAGCGUAAGGAGGGCGGUGGCGGCAUCACGUGCGUACUGCAAGACGGCAACGUCUUUGAGAAGGCCGGCGUCGGUGUUUCGGUCGUGUACGGAUCGCUCCCCAGGGCUGCCAUUGAGAAGAUGCGCGUCAACCACCGCAACAUCACCGGUGGAUCUGACACCAUCCCGGAAAAGCUUGACUUCUUCGCUGCUGGUCUGAGUCUCGUCGUGCACCCGAGCAACCCCAUGGCCCCGACGGUGCACUGCAACUAUCGCUACUUUGAGACGGCCUUCCCCGAUGGCACCUCAGGGGCGUGGUGGUUCGGCGGCGGCGCAGACCUGACGCCGUCGUACCUGUUCGACGAGGACGCCAUCCACUUCCACCGCACGCUCAAGGACGUGUGCGACAAGCACGACAAGGAAUACUUUCCCCGGUUCAAAAAGUGGUGCGACGAGUACUUCUUCAACAAGCACCGCGGCGAGUCGCGCGGAAUCGGCGGCAUUUUCUUUGACGACUUGGACGAGUCCGUUUCGGACAGGGACAACACGUUUGCUUUCGUCCAGGACGGUCUCCGUGCCUUCCUGCCCAGCUACAUCCCCAUAAUCAACCGGCGCAAGGACAUGCCCUUCACGCCAGAAGAGAAGGAGUGGCAGCAGCUCAGGCGCGGCAAGUACGUCGAGUUCAACCUGGUUCACGAUCGCGGUACCGCCUUUGGGCUCAACAGCCCCGGUGCCAGGGUCGAGAGCAUCCUCAUGAGCCUUCCCAGGACGGCCAGCUGGCAGUACAUGCACGAACCGGCUCCCAAGAGCCGCGAGGCUAGGUUGACGGAGAUUUUGAGGACUCCUAAGGAGUGGGUAUAGGGGAUGUGAAGCAGUGGGUGGUGUGUUGGUAGUUUGUCGAUGGAUGUAGUAACUCGAAUUGGGUCGUCGGGUACCUAGUGCUAGACAAAAUAUGGUAAAUUUUUACAUUUUGCACGUU